AUGGGUAAUAAAGCGGGCGGCAAAGGGAAAAAAGAUCCAGCGGUACUAACCGACGAAGAUCUAAAAAUGUUAAAAAUAAAUACACGAUAUACAGAAGAAGAAAUUCAAGCAUGGCAUGCAGGUUUUCUUAAAGAUUGUCCAUCUGGUAAAUUAGAUAAAAAGCAAUUUCUUAAUGUUUAUAAGAAAUUUUACCCAGAGGGCAAAGCUGACAAAUAUUGUAAUUUUGUAUUUAAAGCAUUUGAUACAGACAAUAACAAUUGGAUUGAUUUUACCGAAUUCUUGUUAGCUGUUGGUGUAUCUCAGCAUGGAAAUCUCGAAGAUAAAUUAAAGAUGGCUUUUGAUAUCUAUGAUCAAAAUAAAGAUGGAGAAAUAAAUCGUAAAGAUAUGACCAAAAUAAUCGAAGCUAUGUAUGAUUUAGCCAAUGAAGAAGAUCGUAGUGGGGAAAAAGCACCUGAUCAACGAGUUGAUCUUAUUAUGAAACGUUUAAAUAAAGUUAAAACUGAUGUUGUUCGUCGUAAUGAAUUUAUAGAAGGAUGUCUUCGAGACGAACUUUUACGCAAAAUUCUCGCACCUAAUACAGCUCUUGCCUCAGAUGGGCAAGCAUCAAAUAUAACAACUACGACUAGUGCUCCGAUGCAUACGACGACAUCGAUUAAUGAAACGGGAGCAGCCGUUUAA